AUGGCAUUAUUUUAUCACGAUCCUGAACUUCGACAAUUUGAAAACCAAAUCUCCAAUGUAUUUACAAAUUUCUUUACAGAUCUGAAUACAGCAAAACGUGGCGGAAGUGUUCGUACUGGUACUCGUAGCGCGAAUAACUGUUCUUGGGCUCCAGCUCUUGAUGUCUACGAAACGGAUAAAGAGUUUGUAGUGAACGCUGAGUUAGCUGGUGUUCCAAAAGAAAACGUAAACGUUGAUGUACGCGAUAACAUACUCCACAUCUCUGGCGAAACAAAACAAGAUCAAAAAUACAAAGAAAGUAAUGCGCAUAUUCAAGAACGUCGCUACGGCAGUUAUUCGCGUAGUAUUCGUUUGCCAUCAUAUGUUAAGUCCGACGAGAUAGUUGCGAAAUGCGAUCAUGGAAUAUUGGAAGUGAAGAUUCCGAAAAGGGAGAGUGCUGCUGCUCCAAAGAAAAUUACUGUUCAAUAG